CAACACUUCUUUCAUUACGAAAAAUGGGGAGAAUCAGUUUAGACAAAGAUACAUCUACCUGUAAUUUCAGAUAUCAUAAAGAGUAGCACUAGACGAAUUGAAUCUGAAUUAAAAUUGAUGAAUGUCUGUGCCUCAGUCUGAAAGGCAGCUCCAUAUUGUCACCCACUCCAUGCAGUAAUAAUGGUCUCAAGCAACGCACGGCGUGCAUGUGGAAGGUCACAAGAUGGAAUACGUUUUAUUAUAAAUGUUUAUUAAUUGUUUUAUGUACUAUGUGCAGUCUACAUAUGGUCAAAUUUACGUAUCAGCCCCAUACCAAUUGACAGUGCUGUUCAAUUCACGUGGACUGCAUGGAUGUUCAGUUCCCUCAAGGGUCAGGUGUUUUUAUUAUUAUUUUAUUGUAUUGUUAUUAUUAUUUCUGUAAUAUGUUGAAGGUUAAUUUGACCAGGCUACUUGCAGGUAUACCCUACUCCCUAUAUUUCCUUGUCAGAUUCAGCAAACAGCAGUGCAUUAAGGCGCGACUUGACAGCUAACGUGGUUAGCCCACUUCCUGCUUAGCUCUUGACCUUGGCUGUGAUGGAAAGAUUUAACCUUUUAGUGUAUAAUUUCAGUUUUGUAACACGUUUUAAAGUACUAUCGCAACUGUAGGGCUCAUGUAAGUCUGUAUUUGAGCUCUGUAUUUGGAAUCUCUACCUAAACGCAUUGAUUGGUACUGUGGUAACUACUAGGCACCACGUGGUGUAGAAAACUGAAAUAUAAUACCACUUGAAUUUUACUGACUUGAGAACUCCAGGGCUUUCAUGUACAGUGCAGUGCCGCCCGUCGGCCGGUUUAUGCUGCAUUAUGGCUGUUGGGUCUUGAUUUAUAUUUUCAAGUCAAGUCUGCUUUAUGGUCAGGUCAGGUAUUCUUCAGGUCCUAAGGAACAAUGGCACAUUUUAAAUUGCAUAUAAUAGUAUCAAGUAUAUAACAUUUCAUACAAUAAUACAUUAUAAUUGAUUUAUUUUAGUAUUAUUGAUGUGUACAUAAUUGCUCAAAAUGAUUUUCCAAGUGGUCUAUGAUGCUCUGUUGUCGCAAUUUCCUUGUACUGUAAUAAACAAUGGCUAGGUCUAGUAAACAAUAAGCAGGUUUUGCAAGUUCUUUUCUUGGAAUUUUAUUCCAGGAAAUGUUUUACCAUUGUUAUUUUACCAUUGUCUGUCCUUGAGACAAUAGGCACGGAAGCUAGGGCUCAUCGAAGCAUGAGGAAGCAGAUUCCUGCUGGCUCUAAUAGGCCUAUCAUUUACCGGUACAGCAAAUUUUGUCUAUGAUGCUUAUCACAAUGAGGUUGCAUAAUCCAGUCAGGAAGACUACUCUGAUCCAAUCUGGUCUUGUUUCUGUGAACACAAGAUAUGGGUUGUACUGAUGCCAUUACACUGUAACGAUGCACGAGUGAGUUUUGUCCAUAAUUUUGUCAUUCGGUAGAUGUGUGCUUCUGUUCAAUUUACUUUUUCAAAUGACCUAUGCCCAACAGACACUUCUAGAGAAAGCGUUGUAGUUUUUUUUACUUCCUGGUAAACUAAAUACAGAUAACUAAGUGAUCCUUUUGUGUCUACUUACCCCGUAUCCUGGUUUUUGCCGCUAUGAAGUUCUUCUGAGCCACUAGUCUCGACAAGUUGCCAUAAUUUAACCCAUGUCAAUCAAAGUGCCUCUGUAUACUGGUUGAAGCUUAUCAAUCAACUCUCUUCACAGAGUAUCACAAGAAGGAUGAGGGCUCAGACCACCGGUAUAUCAGUUUGACUUAAGGUUCUAGGCUGCCAUGCCCUUUUAGGACUGCCAUCACCAAGCAUGCCCGUUUAGUAGAGCGGAAUUGAUCCCACUGUAACUGACUUAUAAUCACGAAUUUUUGCUGCACUUGCCCAGGUCUCUAAUGGAGACCAACUGACUUCCAUCUCUCUGGUAGCUUUGGUCGCUUGUGGUCUGGAUGACAAUAUGACCACUCCAACAGCUGAAACGGUCCGGAUGGCAACAACAAUGAAUCAAGCAAAAACAUCAAUUUCUAAAAUGUUCAAUGGAGAGCCUCGUUCGUAUACUCGCUUCAGCUUGGCCCAAAACACUGAUGGAGAGUGUGGUGUUGAGAUGAAAUUGUCCACUGACGGCGAGGAUGAGGCUGGUCCCCCUGAUGACGUGGAGGCCCCCAGGCCCUACAUCCAAAACCCUCUCUUCACCCACAAGAACAUCAUCUUCUUGGUGCUAGGCACUCUGCUGAUCUUCUUUCUGGGUUACAUAGUUGCCUAUGUCAGCCAUAAUAAGACAGAUGCGACUGUGGUGUGCCCAACUUCAUCAGCGGUUACUGGGGAGAAGACAACGGGCACUGAGGACGUUUUGCCACCCCCAAGUCAGGACGUUGUACUACCAAGUUUGAAUUGGGAUGACAUCGUCCGCCUUCUAGAACAGAAACUAGACAAAGAUGCCUUAAAGAACAAAAUCAGUGACUUCACUCUCUCAAAAACCGAGUCCCAUGAGGCAGGAAGUGAUGGCGAUAACACGCUUGCUAACAAAGUGUUACUCGCCUUCAAUGAUUUCAACAUGCGCAGCUGGACCAACGAGCAUUCUGUCAACUUGCCUCGUCAGUCAAGUGAAAACCCAAACAAAGUCCUCUUUGGAACAGACGAAAUUGGAACACCCAAAGGUUUCUUGGCUUACAGUGAAGUUGGAAACGUUACGGGCAGAGUGGUGUAUGCCAACUAUGGAUCAGCGAAAGAUCUUGCUGACAUAAAGGACAAGGUGGACCUUAAGGGCAGUGUCUUGCUGCUAAGGGCUGGCCAGAUGAGCUAUGCACAGAAGGUUGCCAAUGCAGCUACAUAUGGUGCCAGUGCCGCAUUGAUCUAUCUUGAUCCUGCCGACCAAGACAUUGCUGGCUCAACAGAACUCUAUGGGCAUGUGCAUCUAGGUUCUGGUGAUCCCUACACCCCAGGUUUUCCAUCCUUCCAACACACCCAGUUUCCCCCAACCAAUUCCUCAGGCCUUCCCUCUAUCUUGGCACAGACUAUCACCGCUAAUAUGGCCAAGGAAAUCUUCAGGAAGAUGAGUGGUGAUUCUGCUCCUGAAAACUUCCAAGGGAAAAUGGUUGGAUUUGGAGCUUACAAACUGGGAAGCACAGAGGACUUGGUGACUGUCAGUGUUAACAACGUCCUGACUGAAACCACCAUCCACAAUGUGUUUGGGGUGAUCGAGGGGAACGAGGAGCCAGAUCGCUACGUUGUACUCGGUGCACAGAGGGACUCCUGGGGGCCUGGUCUUGCCAGGUCUACUGUCGGAACCACCUUGCUGGUGGAGAUAGCCAGAGCUGUCUCUGAGAUGGUCCGAAAAGACCACCUGAGCUUAAAGAGGAGUUUGGUGUUCACUAGCUGGAGCGGUGGUGACUAUGGAAACGUGGGAUCCACAGAGUGGCAGGAGGGAUACUUGACAUCGCUGAACAUGAGAGCUGUCACCUACAUUAGUCUAGAUGGAGUUGUCACAGGUCGCCAGAACUUCAAAGCGUCUGCUAGUCCAUUGUUGUACAAUCUCCUCAAAGAGACAUUGAAGAAGGUGAACAACCCUCUUGCCAAAAAGUCUCUCUUUGAUCAGUACACCAAGGGGGCGAACUGGGAGUCUUCUGUAUUGAAGGAUAUGAAACUGGACGAUGCUGCUUAUUCAUUUCUGGCUCUCUCUGGUAUCCCAUCCAUCUCCUUUGGCUUCCAUGGGACAAACGAAGACUACCCUUACUAUGGCACUGUACUGGAUGAGCAAGACCACCUUAAUGCUGAAACGGGAUCAAAGCUGGCUGACUAUAUGGCAAUGGCUGGUCAGGUGGCCGGUCAGAUGGCUGUCCGUUUGGCCCACGACCACCUUCUGCCCCUGGAUGUGGCACGCUACGGAGUCGAGAUCAGAAAGACGAUGAGCGAGGUCUACGCGAGUGUGGACCAGCUCAAGAAGUCUCCCGGGAUGGAUCCAGCUCUGCUCAAGUCUUUAUCUGUGGGCUGGCUUGGUUCAGCCCUUGGCUCUUAUGGACGUGCUUCCAGAGCCUUGGCAGAGUCCAUUGGCAACAGCAAUCUGGAGGACAAGGAGAUGUGCCGCAUUCUCAAUGACCGCAUCAUAAAGGUGGAGCACAAUCUGCUGUCCCCGUACGUGUCUGUGACUGACGCUCCUUUCCGUCACAUCCUGUUUGGCUCUGGUAAGCACUCAGUUCAAGCCCUGCUGGACCACCUGAGCGCACUCAAACUGAACACCCCCGAGGCUAGGGCCCAGGACUUCCCCAAACAGUUCGCCUUCAUCACCUGGACCAUUGAGAGUUGUGCUAACGACCUCGCCGGCCCCAUCUGGGACCUAAAUAAUGAGAUAUAAGGAGAUGUAAGCCCUGCACUUAUCAUUGUGACAUCAAGAAUAGGUUGUUGUUGACAUUCCUGUUGGUUCAGGAAGUCAGCUGUUACUUUUUUCUGCAGUACACCAAAAAUGGCACUUAAUACUACAUUUGGUGUGCAUUUUAUGUUGCCUGUUGCAUGCAUAAGGUCACAUAACCCAUUUGUCACCAAUUAAGUGUACGAUAAUUAAGAGGAAUAUCAAAUUGUUUCUAAAGAAUUCGAAAGAAAAAAAAUCUAAUACCCAUUCUGAUGUGGAAGGCAUGGGGAAAGUUUUUUUUCAAAUGCUACACCGUUUUGAAGAGAUUAUUUUGGUCGAGAGGGAAUUUUCCUUUUACAAUCUUUUAUUGCCGUUUGUUUUUCCUUUGCACUGUAAUCUUUGAUCUUUUGUAUUGAAAUUUUGUCUGCAUAACGCUUCUCCUGAAGCUGUCUUUAGCCUGCUGUAUUUGAUGGGAUUCGUGUGUGCUUAUGUUGGAAUUUGGAAGGUUACAUCUUGCUAUACUGUACAUGGGGGUUUUGACACUGGUUGAUGACAGGGGAUCCACAACCCACCUCACUGCAUUGUUCAUACUCAUCUCUGUAAACCAAACGACAGCCCGACCGAUGGGGACCUUUUAGCCUUUGCCAUGUUGAAAUGCGUAAAUCCUAAACCUCACCCAUAUAAUGUAAUAUUUAUUAUCUAUCUAUUUAUUUAUCAGUGACAGUGCUCACUAUAAAUAGUACUUUUUUUACUUUUUUAUUUUAGGACAUUUAUCGGAAGCAGUGUCUUCCAUAAUUGUGACGGUUAUACCGUUGAUUUAUUUAAGAAAAAGCAGCAUCUGCUAUGGAAAUACGUGUUACCAACAGCUGUUACUAGAAAUUGGUAUUGGGUGUGGGGUAAUGGAUGGUCUACCCAACUCAUUGAGUUUAAAUGCACUUUUAUUUGUUCUUUUUGAGCUAGGCAGAUGCUUCAUAUUGACUUAUGGAAGCUAUGUCUUUGAAACGCUUCUUUGUUUAAGAGGGGUAAAGAUGAACUUGUCUGAGGCUAAAUAAAAAAAGAUAUCUCCUUGAGCAACCUGGUGCCACCAAAUGCUGUAAUUGGGGUAUUUUUGCCCCCACUUUGCGGGUGGUGGCAAAACAUUGUAAAACUUUUUCUCGGAAAUAUUGAAGGUACAUUACACUUUUUGGGAAAUGGCCCUACAUUCAACUGAUUUGUGAUGGCUGUUGUGAUUUGUGUUUUGAAUCCGGUUAAUCUGGCAUUUCAAUCUGCAAUACAAGCAACAAAUAGCACUUCAACUGUUACCUUAAUAAAUGCCUAAAUCAGAUUACAUUCGUGGCAUCUGGAAUGCUCCAAUCAGAGAAAUCAUUUAUGGUGAGCUGGUGCCAAUAUUGUUACAGGCGGAGACUGAGAUCACAAUGCCAAACCUGUACAUGGAAAUCAAUAUGGGACUGGAAUACAAGGCACAACAGUGAAGAAUCUAGGGCCAUUUCCCCCCCCAAAAAGUGCUCCUUUUUAACCAUUUCUGUGACCAAGCAAUUUUUUGGAACAUUGAUAUUUCUGAUCCCAAAACAUUAUCGGGAGCAGUGUCUUCCAUAAUGUGAAGUGUUGAUGGUAGUUUUUGCCUACCAGCGUGUAUAUAUCGGGGGCAGUGUCCCUCAUAUUUCACUUGUAGGGUGGAUCAAAUAAUUGGGAAAUUUUUCCCAGAAUAUUUUAUACAUGUAUUUAUUUCUCGUUUUCCUGAGCUUUUUGUGAUGUGCAUAUUUCUUCACAUCGUUGUGAUGCUUUUAGAUCGGUGUACUGUGUAGGAGUAUAUUGCAGCAUAUUUGCCUGUUAUGUAGAUGUGUACGUAACAGUGGAACCAUCCUUGUCCGAAAAACAAUAUGGCUGUAAACUUUUCUUUAUACCUUGCUUUGCUGUGCUCUGUUAGAACUUAUUGUAGUAACAACUUUGAAUGUCCAAGCAUUCUCUGUCCAUCUUCAGUGAUAUAACUAUGUUAAUGUUCUGUUUCAGAAAUGAUCUGCUCAGUUAAAAUUAAAUGUGAUUUUCUUUUCAAAUGCUUUCUGUACUAUUUCUCAACAUUUAUUGACAUAUACAAUGGAAUCGUUUCUUUCUGUACCUUGCCUGUUACUUGGCGUGGAAACCAACUUUGUAUCUGAAUUUGUUUCUUCUACUUGGCUCUAAAUUGUACAUCUUGCUCUGUUUCACGAUUCACAAUAAACCUUGACAAAGCUA